AUGGCGUUCGAAUUCAGCAAAACCAACCUCCCAAAACAGCUCUUCAUAAACAAUGAGUUCGUUUCCUCCAAAAACUCUAAAAAACUCACCCUCUACAACCCCAAAGACGGCUCCCUCAUCGCCGACGACGUCGACCUAGCCGACGAACACGACGUCGACGCCGCCGUCAAAGCCGCCGAAAAAGCGCUCCCAGCCUGGAAAAAACUAACCAACAUCGCCCGUCGAGACAUCCUCCUCAAAUUUGCAUCCUUGAUCGAAGAACACGGCAAGUCCCUCGCCGAACUGACGCGCAUCACCUUGGGGGCCCCAUAUGGCUCCUUUGGCGCCUUCGAAACCGGCAUGGCGGCUGAAGCAUUCAAAUACAACGCCGGCUGGAUCGACAAGUUCGCCGGCGAGUCGUUCCCGCAAGAAGACGGGUUUCUGAAAAUCGUCCGCAACGAACCGCUCGGCGUCACAGCUGGUAUCGUGCCAUGGAACGGCCCAUUAGGGACGGUUGGUCUCAAAGCCGCGCCUGCGCUCGCAACCGGGAAUUGCUUCAUCCUCAAACCGUCUGAGAAAACACCGUUUGCAUCUCUUGCUCUCGGUCCGUUGAUCAAGGAAGCUGGGUUCCCGCCAGGAGUAUUUCAAGUCCUUUCUGGCGAUGGCUCGACUGGUGCGCUUAUUGCAAGUCAUAUGCGGAUCCGUAAAGUGAGUUUCACGGGCUCGAUCCCAACGGGGAAACGUAUCCAGGAAGCAGCUGCACGCUCGAAUCUUAAGCGUGUGACGCUUGAACUGGGUGGAAAGUCUCCUGCUGUAGUGUUUGACGACGCGAACCUUGAGAAUGCGGUCAGUUGGUUGGCGAAUGCUAUCACGGCCAAUACAGGCCAAGUGUGUUUCGCUGCUACGAGAGUAUAUGUGCAAGAAGGUAUCUACGACAAGUUCGUGCAGGGUUACAAAGACGCCUUGCUAGCAAAGGGCAAGACGAUCGGAGAUCCAGAUAAAGAGGGUACCGUCAUGGGCCCCUUGAUAGAUAAAGCGCAAUUCGACCGCGUUUCCGGCUUCAUCUCCCGCGGCAAGGAGCAGAACCAAGGCACCCUCCUCACAGGCGGUUCUCGCGUCGGUGACUCCGGUUUCUUCAUCGAGCCCACCGUCUUCGAAAACGUCGGCGCCGACUCGGAACUCCUGACGCAGGAGAUCUUCGGGCCCGUCGCGGUGCUUAAUAGUUUCAAGACCGAGGACGAGAUCAUCGAGCGCAGUAAUGCGACGAAUUUCGGGUUGAUGGCGGGGGUUUUCACGCAGGAUGUUAAUAGAGCGUUGAGGGUGGCGAGCGCGUUUGAUAGUGGCAUGGUGGGCGUGAAUUGUGUGAGUUUGAUGAUGUUGGGCACCCCGUUCGGGGGUAGUAAGGAAAGUGGGAUCGGGAGGGAGUGUGGGAGGGAUGCGUUGCUGGCGUAUACGGAGAGGAAGACUGUUAUGGUUAAUAUGAAUUAUUAG